CUUUGAGUGGCUGAAAUCACUGCCUGGAACAAACGGGAUAGUGACAUGACAUCCCUCUCAAUAAAGUCCCACUUCCCUUUCAAACGAACAAUUGAGCUACUUCAAAACACAUCUUUCGACUCUCCUUCCACGCUCUACUAUAUUUCCAACUUCGAAAGCUUGCAAGCCCUAUUCUCCGCCACCGAGCCAUUCUUUCGUCCCUCGAAGCUACAGCCCAGAACAACAUGGAGAUACAAGCAGAUGCACGCAAGUCAUCCAAGCUAGCCGCUGAGAGUAUCGCAAGUCUUCUCGACGCUUUGGCAGAUUCAACUGCAAGCCCCGAGAUGUCUGCCAUAGGAAUUCCGGUUUCUGGAAACAUAUCUGUCAACAAAACCGUCAUCGCGAACCACAAGUUUCCCGCUAUACAACAAAGUCUCGAGCAUCUCGAAGUCAACAUCCUUACAGAAUCAAAGAUGAUGACUCAUGGGCCCUCAAUUUCCCCUUCAGUUAGGGUGGAGCAGAACAGCAACGUUCCCAGUAAUGGUCAUUCCCUCAGCAGUAUCCCAUUCGAGCUGCGUGACAAGAUCUUCGAACACUGUAUUGAGAUCAUCGACGGGAAAACCCCAACUCUAAUGAUUGCCUUGCGAUGCAAUAAAACGAUGUACUCGCAGGCACUGGGAUUGUACUGCAAGUACAACUACUUCAUUCUCAACCGCAUUACCAUAAAGACCAUGAAAAAUGUCUCACGCAAAGCCAUUGCCAAGAUUAGAAACCUAUGCAUCGACAACCGAAGUGGGGUUUUUUCCACUAUGGGCAACAAUUUUCCAGGACGCGUUUGCAGUGGUUGGCACAACCUAAGAACUGUUGCUGUGCUGUCAGGUGGUCGGCAUGAUUUUUUAGAUCCCCUGUGGGCGCGUCUCUGCGUUUGGACAUACAAGAGUAUCACCAAGGUAUUUUAUGCUAGAGGUAGUCAAGAUGAAGCCUACAGACAGCGGAGACCGAUAGAGUUCCUGGACAAAGGUUUGGGACUCCCUCAUAUAGCAGCCAAGGUGAGAAUCGCUGAGAAGGACUUUGAUGGGGUUAUGUGGGAUACAAGGUCGCUGAAGCCACUGACAUGGACCGAGGAGGAUCUAUUUCCGUCUGAUUAUCUUUGGUGAGGAUAUUUAGG